UCUGCGGAGACCGCCGUCAUAUUGGCUGCUACAGGCAGCAGCGACCACGGGAGAGAAAAGGAAGACCCCCACCAUGACGGAGAACGGGCUUUCGUCGCAUUUAAACGGCGAUUUAGUUUUUAAAAGAACCUGAGUGUUAUUAAACGAUUAUUUUUAAAACCACCGGGAUGAUACCGUCAAGUACCCGCGAACGUUUAGUGCUUUCAUCCGACGCCGUGGUCCGCAAGGGGGAUCUAUGCCUGACUUCUCUUAAUAGCCAUUUUUUGCAGACAAAGAGAGCUGUUGAAUAGGGCUUUGAAAGAGGCACAAGGGUCCCAGGGGCUCCUAUUAAUGAAGAAAGUGGGCAACAUGUGGAGCAACCUGAAGAGCAAAUGCCAAACACUCUUUCACAACAGCAGUCCGGGACCCGGUGAAAGCAGGGUUGAGGCAGAUGCCGUCCACUGUGUGGUGGAUCUAGGAACAGGAGGCAGCUCAGGUGAGCCUCAGACAUCGGGGGCCUCCAGUCCAUCUCGGAGCCUCCUGCCAGUACCCGUGGUAACAGCAGGACGACGCCAUCACAACUGCGUGUCAGACAUCCCUCAGAUAGUUGAAAUCACUAUCGAUAAGGAAACUGAGGAUGUGCGUGGGGGGUCAGGGGGUGUUCCCCUUGCACGAAGAGACUCUUAUUCUCGUCAUGCUCCUUGGGGCGGAAAGAAAAAACACUCAUGUUCCACCAAAACCCAGAGCUCUUUGGAGGCAGACAGGCGGUCCGGGCGCUUACGGGGGAGUGGGAACCGGAGGGACAGGCGUUACGGAGUCAGCUCCAUCCAGGAGAUGAGUGACUCUGUUGCUGGAGGACGGAGUCUGAAUUCCCGAUCUCUUCGUCAGCGACUUAGUGACACAGUAGGUUUAUGCUUACCUUUGCCCACUCACAGACGCUCCCGGUCAUCUAAGAACCCAAUCACAUCCAAACGUAAGAUCCACCUGACAGAACUGAUGCUGGAGACGUGCCCCUUCCCUCCAGGGUCAGAUCUGGCUCACAAGUGGCACCUGAUCAAGCAACACACAGCACCUGUUAGCCCGCAUUCCUCCACCGCCCUGCUCGACGCCUUUGACCCGGCCCACCCCUCUCCUGAAGAUGAGGAGGAACGUUUGCGGGAGCGGCGCAGGCUUAGCAUAGAGGAAGGUGUGGACCCACCACCUAACGCACAGAUCCACACCCUGGAGGCUUCAGUGCCAGGCUCCUCUCUCUACAAACUGGGACCAAAGAUGGCUCCUGGCAUGGGGGAGGCCUCUGGGGAGGGCCGAUCCUCGGGGACUUGCAGCUCUGCAGGGUCAUCGGGGGCCUGCGGGCAGGUGUUGGGAGCUGCUGCAUCUGCCCAGGACUGUGACUCUGAGGAGGAUUCAACCACCCUCUGUCUGCAGGCCCGGAGGCCCAAACAGAGGCACGCCUCAGGGGAUGGUCACUUGAGCCGACAGCAGCCCGGCCCCUGGAAGGUUCACACACAGAUAGACUAUAUCCACUGCCUGGUGCCAGACCUGUUGCAGAUCACAGCUCUGCCCUGCUACUGGGGCGUGAUGGACCGCUAUGAGGCUGAGGCGCUGCUGGAUGGACGGCCGGAGGGCACUUUCCUGCUGCGUGACUCUGCCCAGGAGGACUACCUCUUCUCUGUUAGCUUCCGACGUUACAACCGCUCUCUGCACGCCCGUAUUGAGCAGUGGAACCACAACUUUAGCUUUGAUGCCCACGAUCCUUGUGUUUUCCACUCUUCCACUGUCACAGGACUGCUGGAGCAUUACAAGGACCCUAGCGCCUGCAUGUUUUUUGAACCGCUGCUCACAGCCCCUCUCCAUCGGACCUUUCCCUUUGGUCUACAGCACCUGGCUCGAGCCGCCAUCUGCCGCUGGACCACUUAUGAUGGUAUAGGCUCUCUGCCGCUGCCGCCUGCCCUGCAGGACUUCCUUAAGGAGUAUCAUUAUAAACAGAAAGUACGAGUUCGCUGGCUGGAGAGGGAGCCGCCACUCAAAGUCAAAUAGGGCGGGUCUCUCUACUGCCUGUACACACACUGCAGGAGAAUUAUAGAACUUGAGAAAAUCCUAAUCAUCCAAUGAGAUACUGAUAUGGCUCUCUUUGGUGGGAAUUUAAAUGUAACAAGCUAUACAAGAUUCAUUCUAAUCUUUGUUUUAGUUAUUACUUACAUCACAGAAAAUACAUAUGAUUAUAUUCAGUAUAACGCUGUCUGGCAAGCACAUGUUUCUGUGCUGAACAGGUUUUCUUUGAAAGGGAGGGAAGGCACAAAUAUCAGCACUUUGUGUUAUUUCUCUUUCGCUUUGUGCUACAUGUCUGCCUGAACCCACAACAUCACCCUGCCUGUAGACCUGCCUGCAUGCCUCCCCUUUUCAUCCCAAAUUGCUAUUUAGACCCUCGUGGCUAUGUUGUACAGUACACUUUGUGCUUUCUCCAUUGUUUUUUUUUUUCCUUAAUUAGCUUUCAUCUAGUGGAGCAUCUUCCCAAAAGGGGGUUCAAGGUGUGUGGGUUAAGAGGGCAUCAGGAGGUGCUAUUAUUACACUGCAGACCCAAUGAUAGAGCUACAUAAGGCACAUCCUUUGCCCCCUCUAUGCAUGCAGCUAUGACCAGUUCCGAUAGGGUCCACAGAGUUCAGGACAAUGCAUCAGACCAGGGAAAGGAAAUGCUUUUUAUUUAGGACUAUAGAUUAGUCCUCUGAAAACACUAGUUCCUCUUUAAAUAGUGAUGAAUAAUGAAUCGGCCUGUGGUGUCCUACUUAGAGCAAGCUAAUCUUUUCAACUGUGUGACUUUGCUUUAGAAAACCGGUGGGACAGAUUGUAAGGAAGCACUCUGACAAUUCUUGCCAUUGUUACAGUUGUUAAAGCUGUCGGUCCAUUCUUCACUCGCCACAGGCACUUAAACUCGAGCUCGCUGGUGUCUUUAUUGAAUUGUCUAAUGGCAUUAUAGUGUUAUUUUACACCUGCUUCCUCAAGUGAGCAUCUUUGGGUGACACACAGAAACCUCUGUGUAUCCAAAGUGGUUAUUUGCAGUGAGGAAUUUCAGGCACAUGUGACAAGUGACAGAUGAAGACAAUCAAUGAAAAGUCAAAAUACCCAUGUACCUUUUAAACAUAAGAAUUUUCCCACUGGCACUUUUAACAAGGACAGAGAGGCCCCCAGAAAUGAAAAGUGGCAUGGAUAUUUAACAGGAUAGUACAAUAAAUCUGCAGUACCAGUUAAACGUUUAUUUAUUUGUUAAAGCAUUUUACGAUGUGGCAAAAUGAAGAGCACUGUGUGACCAACAGGAAAGAGGUAAUUUAACCUUUUCUUUUGAGUUGAUGUUCUCCACUUUAUCAGAUCUCAACCACACGAGUUCCCUCACUGCCUUUGUGCAUUUAUAGUCUCAGAGGUCGGCACAUGUUAGUAACAGAAUCUGAGCAAAUUUAGUUGUGACAUAGGAUAAAACCGGUUAGAGAAUAAACACGUGCCUUUUAGAGAACCAUUUGUCUUGUCCCAUUUGCUCUUUAGACCACACCUACAGAAUGAGGUGCUUAAACUUGACAAAAGAUGCCAUGGAAUGGAACUAUGGAGAAUAAUAUAGUGAUGUAUGAGCUGUAAGCUCCCUGAUUUUUGUAAUUGAUAAUGUUUGAGUGGUGCUAUGUUGAUUAAGCUAUAACAUUUUUGGAAAUUAUUUGUACAAUAGUUACAUGUACAUCUGUUCUCACUCACUAAUGCAUGCAUUAGUCUCUUUUGCCUCUUUAAGGCUUUUGUGGUAGUUUUAAACAAGUUAUUAUUAUGAUAUUUUAAUGGGUCCAAUGCCAGCCCUACUGUAGCAUAUUUCAAUCCUCUUUUGUAUAGUAUCUUGACAAACAGGUUCUAAAAAGAGGAAAAGAAGGUGAAGUCUUUAUCUUGAGCAUCUUAAUCUGAGUAAUUUAUUUUCUGAUGACAAUGACUAAAGCAGCCGUGCACACAGUGUUGGGCUAACUUGGGUCAUUUAAUGCAUCAGCAGUGAUUUGUAUACGUUACUGGCUUUUUAAGACAUAAUGUAUCCAGAGGAUGAGAUAGGUGGGGACAAGCAAAGGGGUUCCCUUAAGGCAUUUAGAAAGAACUUUAUAACAUAGGUGGGAAGUAGUGUGGAUGAGAGCAAAACUAAAGAAUUAAAACUAAAAUAUGCAUGAGAUCAUGAUCACUGGAAAGGUUCACCGAAAGUUCUCAGACUGGUUCACAUUUCAGUCUGUAUAUAUCUGUCUAAUCAUCCCGUAUAUGCAUUGAAGGAUGGUUAAAUUCUCCUCAGAUCAAUGAGGAUUAAUCAUGAACAAGUAUUAAUGUGUUUGUUGUCCCUGGAUAUCUGUGACCAAAGCUCUAGUACACAGCUAAAUGUAUGAACUUAUGCUCAAUGCUGUGUUCAAUGGCGUUCUAAGCUUCACAAAUGACUGACCCGUUUUUCAUUAUAGCAGUAUAUAAGGCUUCGGCUGCAAACCUGGCCUGAUCAGGUUCACACAUACUCUUAAAAUGUGAAGCUGGACUCUUCCCUCUGCGUAACCAUAACUGUAUCCUCUCAUUUGUCGGGCAGGAAAUGAGGCUUUUUAGAUGCAGGCAGUAGAUCUGUUUCUUCCACAAACCAGUUUCUCUUCUGCAUUUUAAAAUGAUCCGUUCUUACAUCACAUUGCGUUGAAUUAAACCGUUUCUACUGCCUCCCGAACUUUAACUUUGUUCUCAGAAAGCUUAAAUACUUCAUGUCAGUCGGCUACAUGCGUUAGAGAUGCAGUCAGGAAGCCGCUUGCAUGUGCACUUUUUUAUAUUUCAGGACUUUUAGUAUUCACACUGUCAAAGAACAACUCGAUAUCCGGUUGAAACCCCACACUGCCACCUGUCUAACCACGCUCAACCCCUGCAGUAGCAUCAGACUCCUUACGGUGCCCCACCCCACUCGCAGUCUCUAAUCACAGGCUAAUUUUACCAUGUAGGGACAUGAAUCUACUGGGUACUAGAAGGGCCGCUCUGUGUUGCCUUGUGAUGGAUGGAGGGAGGCCUUUUUUGUUUACUGCUGCCCACCUUGCUUUCUCUCCACCUCCCCACUGGUGGAGGGGGUUGGGAUGUAGAGUGGACCGAAGUUGUCCUGCCAUACCCUGUAUCCAACCCUAUCAUAAGUUACAAUUAAGGCUCACUGGGUGCCCUUGGCUUCCUGUUGUGGUAACAGCGUGUCUGCACAGAGGGCAAGGGAUUUGUAGUAAAUAGCACUUUACUGGGUAUAGUGUUUUACAGUGCAGUCUGCAAGUAUUAAGACACUGAUGACAUUAUUUUUGUUGUGUUGACUCUUUGCUCCAGCUCUUUGCGUCAAAACUGACAGUUGAAGGGUUUAUUUAAAAGACAAAAGACUGUAUGUAAAGAUGGACAAUAAUGAAGCCAUUAUAGGGGUUGAUACCGGCUACUGGUGAAUGAAGCUCAUAACAAGUGCAGUGAAAAAUAAAUAAAAUGCUGGUGUCAAAUUUAAUGUCUGGAUCUAACUGCAGAAAUGCAAUGUGAUAUUUCUGGUUGCUUUCAUUACUGUAUAAGCACAUAAAAAGAAGAAUUAUUGUUCUUCGUUGCCUUAGAAUAAGACAUCUUUUAGAAAUCAGUUGGUUUAGACAGUUUUUUUUUUUUAAUACAAACUCUACGGUUUUGGCAGAAUAUGGCCUCGGCUGUAAUUUUUCCUUGGUUGAUAUUGGCCUUUUCAGCCGGAAUUAUUGAUUUUUUUUGUUUGUUUGUUUGUUUGUUUGAAGGAAAGUUGUAGACCAAAAUAUACAAGUUGCACUCAGAACUUUCUAAUUUUUGUCCAGAUAUCCAGAUUAGUUCCGGGUUUUCGGUUUGUAAUAAAGUUCAAAUUAGUUCCCGUCAUUGAAAUAUUGGCAGAAUUAUCAGUUAUCCGAUUUUUCUUGCCCCAAACUUUGAUCAGCCUUUAAAAAUCCACUAAUGGUCAACCUGUACUAUUUAUAUCUACAGAUGUAGUGGGUCGUCUCUAUGGAGUACACUAAAAUGCACCAAAUCCAUGCUUUUUUGGGUAGGCAGGUGCUUCUGAGCCAUCUGGGUUUAAUAAGUUACUUGACUGACAGCUGUAAUUGCCUGUCACUAUGGAGACGUUGGAUAAAACUAGUCACAUCCUCUUGUCUCCACUGUGCAGACAUAGUGUCCAUGACUUCUCUUUUCCAUAGCUGGAAAACUGGUGUCCAUCUUUACGUACAGUCUAUGAUGUCAUACCUACUAGGUGGAAAUUGUAGUACUUACCUCUUCAUACCCUACUAUUAGAAGUAUUUACCUUCAGCCUGGUCUUGAGCAGUUCAUACUGAGGUCAGGUUGCAACGUCUGUUACAUUGUCCUCCGGUGUUAACAUAAAACCCAAGGACUGCAUGUAAGAGUGUUUAGUUAGCCCAGUAUACAUAUAUUUAAGACACGUUAAAGUCUCGAGUCAGCACUGUCGACGCCAAAGUCAAUGUUUCAUUUCCAAUCAGCUGCAGCAGAGACCAAACAUCAGAAAAUGUCUCCGUCUGAAUACUUCCGGACAGCACUGUAUGUAGCUCAAAAUGGUGAGACUUUGUGUGAGUGUUAAAAAGAGAAAAAAAAAAAGAGAGAAAAAAAAAAAAGAGAAAAAACGCCGGCGGUCCUGAAAAGUUUCAGUCGUAUGUUGUGUCGAUGGAGGCGCGUCCUCCGCCAUGCUGCAGACUCUGGUGCGUUUGAGUGCGCGUGUGUUGCGUGGGAGUAUUUUUGUGCGUGGACAGAGCCACAUGGAGGGUUCCAGCGGAGGGAGGGGGGGGACGCAGAGUGGACUGUGAGGGGUGAUGACAGUGACUCCUAUGAACAAUACCUCUGCCCUGCCCCCUCCCCUUUUAUUCUCAGGCAGGCCCGUUGCAAGGAGAGUCCCACCCCAGGACCCUCUCGACCCAGUUUUCCCCAUGGGAAAUAUCUGACAUUAACUGUAGCACAUGUUUGCCAUAUAACCCCCUAGAAUUAGGAAAGAAAAAACAUUGUAUGUAUGAUGAAUGAUGGAAUAUAUGUAAUAGGAGCCUGAUGAAAUGACUUUUUUUUUUUUUUUUUUCUUCUGUGGUGCAUUAAAUGUCUUGAACACACAUUUGCACACACUUCUUCUGACACCAGGUAUUAACACACACUCACAACCCCACCCCCCCCAAAACCAGGGAUGUGUAAACAUGGACCACAUUUAGCCAGCACCACCACCACCAUCACCUUUCUGUGUGACUUCAUUAGGAAAAAAAAAAAACUAAACAAAGAUGGGUGUUUACAUGUAUAUUCUGUGUUCUUAAGAAAAGAAAAUGCCGUGAAAUUUUUUUUUUUUUUUUUUGAUUUUGACCUAAUAUUGUCAUUAGUAUGACACUAUUUAGCUGCACUAUAAGAGCCUCGAAUGUGGCAAGAAACCACUGGGUCUGGUCUGGAUGAGACGAGCUGUCGCUACAGUAGACAUCCCAUAAUACUACAGCAACACCCCACCUAGGUACGACUCAUGGUUUUAGCUCCAAGAGGACAAAUUUUAAAAAAAGAUAUUUUAACUUUUUUCAUGUUUCCCAUAUAUAUUUUAGAAAGCUGGGUUAAGUGCGAUAUGCAAACAGAAAAAGAUGUAUGAAAAGAAUAAUUAUUUUUCAUUAUUACUUCUCCCUAAUAUGCAAUGGAGUGUAGUGUAACAAUGGUUGCAAUCCUCUGUCACUUUAAUGCUGUAUGUGCACAUUGGUUGCUGUGUGGAUGUGGGUGCCGAGGCAACAGGACUUGACAAUGAUGGGAACUAAUGGUUGUCACUCUGCAGCACCGCCGUGUUCCCAGAAUGCCUUAUUCGUUCUGACCAAUCACAAAAGCCCUUUAAAUCCAGGGCCGCAGCCACUGCCACAGGCUGACCAAGCUGUCGUCAGACGAAUAUCGCUGUUCCCAUUUUCUUCUGCUUUUUCCUCGCUUGUUCUUUUUCUUUCUUUCUCCCUCUUUUUUUUUUUUUUCUCCCCCUCUCCUCUGCUGUCAGGUAGGAUUUGGAGCGUGUAUAUGGCAUAAUCAUGUUCACAUUUCACUGUCUGUUCUGUGUAUCUGCUUCACUGUUCAAAGGAAAAAACAGUUGUUUUCCAGUAUAACCUGUUCAUUUUUAAGAGCCGUAUGAUGCGACACUUGUAGCUGUCACUCUUGGUGCUUGGCUUAUGCUUCAUUGUCUUAAUAUUCCAAAUAAAACUGUUAAGUGUAAUCUACACUGGCCCGUGA